CUUCACUUGAUUUCUUUAUUAUUUUGCCAUUAGAUUCAUCUAAGUGAUUUUUUUUUUAGGGUUUCACAUUCUUACACUUGUUUCUUGCUUCAUUUUCCAAAGUGAUUGUUUUCAUGUUCUAUUCAAACCUCCUUCAAUUUCAAUGUAAUUAAGUUUUCUAGAAAUUUCAAACUUUUAUGAUCACAAAUUGAUAUUGCUAAUAUUAUGGGAACUAACAGCACAGAGCAUGGAGGAUCUGAGGAGAUUAUGGAAAAUGAAGUCAAGGAAACUAAGAAUUUUCCUAUACACAAAUUAAUAGCAGAUAGUAGUUCUAAAUCAAACAGUAUGGUCAUAAAGAAACGCCAUGCAGUGAUUCCUCCUCACAUCAUAGCUGAGGCCAUAUCAACUAUGGGAAUUGACCUUAGAUUUUCUGGUCCGAUCACACAGAAAGAAAUGGAGUAUGUUGAGCAAUAUGUGCUCGCAAAGUAUCCGGAAUAUGGAGGCCUAAUUCAAGGAGAUGGAAAUGGAAUAGACUUGUCUAGCUUCAUCAUCAAUGAGGAGCCUUCAGAAUGCACACAAGAUGAUCGAGGAAAGUCGCCAAUAGGGACUCCUAGAGAGUCUUCUAUGUAUCUGUUUGGAAGCAAUCUCCCUGAAAUGGAUCGAGCGCAGUUGGAGCCGUCGAGGCUACUAGACAUUCUCAACAAGAAAACUUCAUUCCAUGGAAGUUUUAUCUCAAUCCCGGAAAUCCAAGUUACAAACAAGGUUUUGAAGCAUUGCGGCUUGCCGGAUGAUGAGUAUCUUGUUCUCUUCACUCCAAGUUACAAGGAUGCUAUGAUGUUGGUUGGAGAAAGCUACCCUUUUGUUAAGGGUAACUACUACAUGACAACUCUUGGCGAAGAAGAAGAUUGCAUACGCGAAUUCGCUUCUUUUAAGGAGUCAAAGGUGAUUCUCGCGCCGAAAGCUUGGCUUGAUUUGAGGAUCAAGGGUUCACAGCUGAGCCAGAACUUUAGGAGGAAGUGUAAGAUCAGCUUGAAAGGGUUGUUCUCUUUUCUAGCAGAUGUGAAUGGAACAAUGCAUUGGAUUUCUGAGGCUCACAGGAACAGUUGGCAUGUCCUGCUUGAUGCGUCUGCGUUGGUGGUCGGAAAGGAUAGUCUCCGGCUCGCACUUCACCGGCCAGAUUUCGUUGUUUGUAGCCUUGAUAACACUCAUUCCAACCCUUCAAAAAUCAUCACUUGCCUCUUGGUGAGGAAGAAAUCCUUUGAUACUUCCUCAGCUACUUCUUCUCAGGUAUUUGAAUGAGUGAGAAGAUGUACUUUACUUUGUGAUUAAUAAUUUAGAAACAAUUGAGAGCAAAAUUGAUAUCCAUGCCUACUUUGUAGAUUCAAUAAAGUAUAACAAGUACAGAUAGCAAAUCA